AUGCAGUGGGUGGGUCUUGUCGUACUGCUGGACGAGACCAAGGACAUCAACAAUCAUCUGGGCACGAGGUUCCCAGCUGUCCCACGCCGGUGGAUAGCCACGCCAGCGGACGAGGAUGUGGUGGCGGCGGGAACACCUGAUCUGGAUCGAGGGUCGGAUCAGCUUGAUGUUCAAGAGCAGAACCGUAUAACGGAACAGUUGCAAGAUGACCUGGCUCACGAACAGAAUCAGCGUCAUGGGCUUGAGGAUCUUGUAAGGGAUGAUUACAAUUACCUAACGCGCGAUCAUUCGGACGAUCGUGCCGCUUUUACGUUCGCGCAACUUGAGAACGAACGUUCGACUCGUUCUCUUCGUGAAGAGCUGGCUGUAGCUCGUCGAGACAUCGCUGAAAUGCGUGAACAGGUCGCUUCGCUAGUCGACCAGACUGGCUCGUUGAAACGGGACCACUCAAAGGUGGUCUCGGCUCUCGACCGCGGAGGUAAUCUUCGCAUCUCGAAACGGGCUCGUAAUGAUAGUACGGGCGGAGACGACCGACGUUAA